UACGUAUCAUCGAAUUCACUUUUUUACAAACAAACAGAAACAGAGGAAAGUAGAAAAUUAUGAUUCGUAAGAAUACACCUAAUAAUACAUCAAAGUUUAUGCUCACUUUGUGUGGUAUUUGGCCAGGCGCGUCAUGUGUUUCUUUAUUUAGAAUACUUUGGGUUAUUUUAACGGGAGUUAGUGCAUUUUUUCACUGUCGUUAUUUUGCAUCGCAUAUAUAUUCUGCCGAAAUUAUGGAUUUGAUGGAGUGCUUAUCCACCCUCAUUGCACAUACGAAAAUAAUGUUCAAAUUUUUUGUGUUUUGGUUCAAUCAGCGAAAAUUCGUCGAAAUUUUGACAGACAUGGCAGAAGAUUGGAGUGAUAGUGCUAAUAGUGAUAUCAGCAUGCGUGAAACACUACAUAAAGCAAAAUUGUCGGAUCGUAUUACUAAUACCAUCAUCAUUCUUCACACUAUGUCUAUUAUUACAUUUUGCAUUGGCAUCUUUCUGACCAAUGUCAAUGUCAACGAUGGAAUAGAAUUGCCCUUUGCUACCAAAAUAGAUAUUCCUUUUGAAAUAAAAACACAGUCCAUGUACAGAAUCAUCUUACUUAUAGAAUUUUUGCAUUUGAUUUGUUGUGGAUGGGCAGCUGGAAUAACAAACUCUUUCUUAUUAACAUUAGUAAUUAACUUCUUACCUAAUGAUAUCUUCAUUUUUUUUCAGGUUUUACAUACGGUUGGUCAAAUUGAAAUUACGCGACAUUGGUUGAUAAAUCUUGUUUCUCAUGAAAAUAAUCAUACAUCGUUUAUUAAAACUACAAGCAAAAUUAUUGAAAAACAUAAAAAAAUUAUCAAUUUUUCAAGAAAUAUUGAAAGUCUGUACUCAAUUAUUGCAUUGUUUCAAUUUGUAUCAAACACAAUAAUGAUAUGUAUGCUGGGUUUUCCUAUCGUAACAGCAAUUGGAAGCCCCAAUGCGGUAAAACAAAUAUUGAAAUCAUUUUUAUUUUAUACUAUAACAAAUCUUGAAGCGUUUAUAUUUUGUUAUGCUGGAGAAUAUUUACAUAACAAGAGCAAAGAAAUCGGAAUUGCAGCAUACGACAGUGAAUGGUACAAUUUGAAAUUUAAAGAAAGUCGUGUUUUGUUGUUUAUUAUAUUAAGAUCACAGAAACAAUUGUCACUCACGGUAGGGAAGAUGACGGAUCUUUCUCUAGAAACAUUUACAAGUAUUAUGAAUGCUUCGGGGUCGUACUUGUCAAUGCUGUUAGCAAUGCAAUAACUAGAUUGACAAUUUCUAAAUAGUCUUGAAAAAUUUAAUUUUAUUUGUAAAUCACUAGUUACAAAUACACAUACUAUAAUAUGACAUAUUUUUUUAAGAUAGAAAAUAGUUU